AGAUACUUAGAGGGACUUGACUCACCUCUUCGUGUUCUCCACUGCUCUGCCAAAUCUCUCUCUCUUUCUGUCUGCUCCCACCUUUACUCUGUGAAUCCGUUCAGAAGAGCCAUGUCGUUCACAAAAUCAGUCAAAAGGACCAGCUACGGUUCCGUCCGUUCUUCAGGAGGAGGAGGAGGAGGAGGAGGAGGAGGAGGAGGAAGAUCUUUUUCCUCACAAUCUGCUACUUAUGGCGGGGGGUCAGCCCGUAAAAGCUUUUCUUCCAGUUCAAUGAUGAGGUCAGGCAUGGGAGGUGGUGGUGGUUUUGGUGGUGGUGGUGGUUAUGGUGGUGGUGGUGGUGGUGGUUUUGGAGCUGGUGGUGGUGGUUACGGAGCUGGUGGUGGUGGUGGGGGUGGUCUUUUCUCUUCUGGCGGUGCUUAUGGUGGCUUUGGAGGCGGCGGUGGUGGGUGUAUCGUCCCCACGAUCGCAAAUGUCCAAUGCAACCAGAGCCUGCUGGCUCCUCUGAACCUUGAGAUUGACCCCAACAUCUCAUCUGUCCGUACCGAGGAGAAGAAUCAGAUCAAGGGUCUGAACAACCGCUUCGCCAGCUUCAUUGACAAGGUGCGAUUCCUGGAGCAACAGAACAAAAUGCUGGAGACCAAGUGGAGCCUGCUGCAGGAGCAGACCACCUCCCGCUCCAACAUCGAUGCCAUGUUCGAGGCCUACAUCGCCAACCUGCGCAGACAGCUGGAUGGACUCGGCAACGAGAAGGUCAAGCUGGACGGAGAGCUGAGAAACAUGCAGGGACUGGUGGAGGACUUCAAGAACAAAUAUGAAGAUGAAAUCAACAAGCGUGCUGGUGUAGAAAAUGAGUUUGUGCUCCUCAAGAAGGAUGUAGACGGUGCCUACAUGAACAAAGUUGAGCUAGAGGCCAAGGUUGAUGCCCUUCAGGAUGAGAUUAACUUCCUCAGAAGUGUCUUCGAGGCGGAACUAAAUGAACUCCAGGGCCAGAUCAAGGACACUUCAGUCAUUGUGGAGAUGGACAACAGCCGCAGCCUUGACAUGGAUGCUAUUGUGGCGGAAGUCAGGGCACAGUAUGAGGAGAUCGCUGCCCGCAACCGUGCUGAUGCCGAAAGCUGGUAUCAGCAGAAGUUCGAGGAGAUGCAGACCAGUGCUGGCUCGGCCGGAGACGACCUCCGCAACACUAAGAAUGAGAUUGCUGAGCUCAACCGUAUGAUUGCACGCCUCCAGAAUGAGAUUGAGUCAGUCAAGGGACAGCGUGCCAACCUGGAGGCCCAGAUCGCUGAGGCUGAGGAGCGAGGUGAGCUGGCUGUCAAGGACGCCAAGGCCCGUAUCAGGGACCUAGAAGAGGCCCUGCAGAGAGCCAAACAGGACAUGGCCCGCCAGGUCCGUGAAUACCAGGAGCUCAUGAAUGUCAAGCUGGCUCUAGAUAUUGAGAUUGCUACCUACAGGAAACUACUGGAAGGAGAGGAAAUCAGAAUUGCCGCCGGUCCUGCACUGGCAACCAUCCAUAUGCAGACCUCAUCCAAAAGCUAUGGUGCCGGUGGCGGCGGCGGCGGCGGUGGCUAUGGAAUGGGCGGCGGCGGCAGCGGUGGCUAUGGAAUGAGCGGCGGCGGCGGCGGCUUUGGAAUGAGCGGCGGCGGCGGCGGCUUUGGAAUGAGCAGCGGCGGCUUUGGAAUGAGCAGCGGCGGCGGUGGCUAUGGAAGCGGCAUGAGCAUGGGAGGAGGAGGAGGCACAAUGUCAUCAAAAUCCUCCACCACCACAUACUCUAGCCGCCGUUAAUGAAAACAGCAGUUGUCUUCCUCUCCUAUCUUCGUCUUCCCCCAUUUUGUUUUUCUUCCCCAUGGCCCAUUCAUAAACGCUUUCUAUAAAUCCCACCACCACUCUCCCUGCACACAGAGCAGUCUCAGAAAAAUGCUCCAUUCGACCAUUUACCACUAUAGCAGAUCCAUAUAAUGGUAGAGCUCUCUGUUGCAUUUGGUUCCUGUGUGGCUGCUCUUUGCCACCACAUUCUCAAAAAGUCAGAGAUUACAUUCAAGUACAGAGAGAUUGAAUGUAAAAGAGCAGAUAUGUGAGUCAGUCUUCUUCUUUGAUCAGUCAGCCACGCUGUCUUUUGGUUGCUGGAUAUGCUGUUAUGUAGACAGGAGGAUACUUGUAGUAUCAUGGCAGAGAAUCCUUACAAGGCAACAAUCAUUGCACACAAAAAGACAACAGCAGUUCUAAGAUUUGCACAGGUGGAAAAGUGGGUGUGGUGCUAUGUCUUGCAUUCAUGAGGCUUUCAUUGCAGGCGAGCAUAUGUGGUGCCACACCUGUAACUUUCCUUCUUCAAUGUCUCAUCUGCUGUCACACAUACGUAAUCUUGUGCAUUUCGACAUCAUCAAAAGCAGCCACAUAUAACACUUUUUCGGGAUCCUCUUUUUCAUCUCCUGUCAGAGAGAAAAUGAGCUCUCCGCUUCAGCAUUUUAACGGUGUUUAUGACUUAACUUCUAUUUUUCACCCUGAAUAAAAAAACAUGGCUAAGGCUGACUGGAACAACCGGAUUUAUUGUGAAUUUGUACCACCAAAACAUCUGGAAUAAAUCUGGUUUUAUAUUUGGCA